CACGAGUUCCACAUAAACAAAAAGUUGUUUUGGCGGUCGGUGUUUGGUUUCCUUCGCUUUUAUCGCUAUUUUACCCGCAAAGCAGACGAAAAAUGAGUGCAAGCUCUAAUAAAGUGUUUAUCCAAGUGGAAUCCGAAGAUGUGCAGCAGGAGAAUCUCAAAAACAGCCGGCGCACCUUCAAGAUCCUCCAGAAGAAUGCCGUAGACAAAGAGAACCUCGUUGGGCGACCCAUUUUGUCUGCCGGAAAGGAGGCUCUCACGAAACAGAAGGCUGAAUUUGAUGAGGAGAAGAUUGUCCAGAAGAAGCGGAAGCCGUCAACAGCAACGCAACACGUUCAGACCGAUUCAGAGGAGAGCUGUGACGUUCAACAGAUCACCGAGUCAGAUUUGACCUCGACAGCCGGACCAAGUCAGAAGUAUUGGGAGAUUUUGGCUGAGAAGCGCCGCGUGGCCUUGGAGGAUGCUCUGAGUGAGAAUGAAGCUCUUCACGGCAAAAUAGCCUCCCUAAACGCCGAACUUGAUGUCUCGCGUCAAAUGCUGGCUGAAGCGCAGGAACUGGUGGGAGUUUUGACGGAAAUGCUGGAGGAGAACGGAGAGGAAGAGAAAGCCGAGGAGUCUCCGGAGGACGCUAAGGAGUGCGAAGAGGAGCCGGCAGGGGAGUGAGUACACAUUUUCUGCCUUCAUCACCUCUAUUUCCUGCCUAAUUUAUGUAACGAUGUUGCGCCGAAAGGCCCUUAAUAAUAACUCGUGUUUUGACUGAUUAAAUGC